AAUAUUACUACGCCAAAGCAGACAGGUGCCAUAGUAGUUUUCGAGGUCGAAUUCAUUAGUAAAUCAGUAUUCUUUUUAUUGUUUGUAUAUUAAGUUAAAAAUAUGUGUUUAUUAAUUCCUAUAUUUCAUAUAUUAUUGUAUAAGGUUCUCAUCGUAGAUACAUCCGGUUCGUGUAUCAGACUGUGUUGUUAGGUCAAAAGCUAAGCCAACGCCAACGUGGGUUAUAUUGGAGACCAAUAUCAUCUUGAAGAUGUGUUGUGCAACAGCGUGACUGCAAUAUUGGUCUAUCAGGUCUGAUGAGACGGUGUAGAAUAAUGGAUGUAAACCAAUACCAGAUGACGGCUGCGUCACACAGAUCAACUGACCAUUUAGCAUUAACAGAUCUCCCGUCUGUGGUAGUUACACACAUGCUCUCCUACCUGACGUGGGAAGAGAAGCUAAGUAUCAUCAUUGCUGUUCCUCAAUGGUGUUCCUGCUUGAGAUCUGUUGCUGCAUGGAACUGUGUUGAAUAUGGCAAUGAAAUGGAUGAAAAUGUAUACUUUUUGAAAGAGAAGCGUACAAAGUUUUUGUUUUGUAUAAAACAAUAUGGUAAAUACAUGAGAUCUUUGAAAUUAAGCUUUGGAGGUAAACUUAGUCAUAUGGCAGUUAAGAUCACGCAUGCCAUCAGUGAAUUUUGUCCUCAUCUGACCGCCUUUCAUAUCGCACAAGAAGUUCCGUUUCAGGUGGAUGAAAGUCUUGUUUGGAGGAAAAGUGUGGUUAGUGGCAUUUGUGGUAUCCUGCAGAGUUGUAAAUUAUUAAGUAAUGUUUGUAUCUGUCAGCCUGUGAUUGAUUGGACAGAAUCUCCCGACAACAACAUCAUUUUGAACAUUAUACAGCAAGGUCUAGCUCACAAGUUAACCAGUCUAGAACUGAAUGCUGAGUCACUAUGGGGACAUGAAGGUUAUCUGGAGUUCCUUAAAAACUUCACACACCUGAAACGACUUGUAACAAGGAGGGAAAAUAUAACGGAUGAAAUUCUCCUCUACCUGGUUGAACAUAAAUUAGAGGAGGUUACUUUAGUUCAGGAAGAAGAAAUUCCUCUACAACAGCAAGAGCAUCUCAAAGAAAUGUUCUGGACAAAAGUGCUGAGCAUCUGCCCAACAUUCCAAAUUGACAUGGUCUUACGAUACAUCAUGGUAAUCAAGGAUUCCUUCCCUGCUAAGAUGCCAUUGAGGAGAUUGAUACUGGAUGACCUUGUCAACAUCGUAACUAAAGGAGUUCUGGAGCACCUCGUAGAUAACUAUAAGGAUUGCCUGCAAUAUUUCACAUACACAAAUUCCCUCCUGGAAAAUUACGAAACGGGAGAUCGGAGACUUCCUUCCUCUCUUGUUAACAUGGCAAUGAGGUGUACAAAACUUCGAUAUUUACAAUAUGGUUUUCCUUUGUCAAGCACCUCAAUCUUACUUCUGGCCCGAGCUAGACAGCUAGAAAAACUCCUCAUCCCAGCCGUGGAGGUAUCCUAUGAAUUUGACUGGCAGACUGACCCAGAUUGGUCAUUUGAGUUUGUUGAAUGGCUUAAAGCAAGCGGAAAGAGUGAAAGAGCACUAGAACUUGCAGUAUCAGAAAUGUUUGGUUUCAAGUGGAGACUCAGUUAUGAUCCUUUUACUCUAAAUGAACAACUCAACACUAUGUACAUGUGAAAGGUAUUUCAGAGCAAAUAAAAUAUUCCAUCACAUA